AUGCAGAUCUGGAGCAUCGAGCCACCACAACGCAGUACGCCCGAGGCAAACACUCACCGUUUCUCUACUCACACACCCAGUCCGCGCCCGAGGCCGAUCUCACCGUCUGAGACGAGAGAAGUCUGGAAACGCAAGAAAUAUAGUGGCAAUGUUCGGGCAGUGAUGCCGGAACGGUUGCUUGCGGCCCCGACCACUCUCCGAACGACUUCUGAUGCACUGCGCACUGUGGAGAAUAGGGAGCAGUUCGCAGUGAUACAUAUGCCGUUUAUGAUGGGAAACAGUUUCACUCCUGACUUCCAAAGAGCGACCUAUGCAGCUCUACACCUGUCAGCGCCGAUUUUGACCGAAGGAUACUUGGCAUUCCUGGGGGUAAUGACAUGCUACCAAAAGGCGCUUGUCCUACGCCGAGGCGAGCCUGACAUCUGUAAAGCGGCAAAGGCCCUGAAACGCUUGCAGAAUGUGAACAUCAUCCGGGAUAAUGAUGCGGCCUGCGUCCUCUUCCUUGGCCAAGCCAUGUAUGUAUUCAACAUACUCACGGCAGCCAUUUCCUCGACAGCCCAUUCCAUCGUGCGGAGCUCGCUCAUAACGACCAAGCAAUGGUAUCCGAGAUUGAUUCAGUGUCCUGCCAUGGACACCGUGAUCAUAACCCCGAUUCUAAUAGAUACAGUCGAGUGUUUAGUGCGCCGUGAAGUCCCCAUCGUCCGACUCAUGAUUCCAGACCGCAUCAUUGUCGAUCGCUACGUGGGCCUCUGUUCCACUCUCCUACCUCAUAUGUACGAUAUCUGCGAACGCAGCCAUGCUCUGAAGAAAGCCGCCCUUGACACGACAUCAGGACCUCACCCAGGGGUCCACGACUCGUUCGCGGAUAUAGAGCAAAAAAUUAGGGAGUGGAAGCCAGAAAUCCCUCCUCGUUUCUUCACCGAGUACGGGAGACAUGAAAUCCUGAUAAUGAUGACCCAAGCAACGGUUUACCGUCUUGCAGCUCUAUUGAUCGUCCACCGCCUGCGAUAUCCAUUUGGAGUGGAAGAUGAUCCUGCAACAUAUCUAGCACAUAGCAUCUUCUCUGAGAUAUCAUACUUCGCUCAAUCAGCUGCCAAGGACGCGACAGCUUUACCAGUGGUAUUUCCUUUGAUAGUGGCCAUGUUGGAGAUCGAAGGGCCAGGAGAGGAGAUACUGGAAAACUUAUCAUCAUAUACUGUUCAGAGUAUAUGUGCAGCAAAGCUCCAAGGAUUUGUCAAGCAGGUUAGAGCAUCCAGGGAGUCUGGAUAUGGGGGUGUAUGGUUCGACCUGGUUGACACACAGCUGGAUACUGCUGUAGUACCGUAG